AUUUAAUAUUUCUGGGCAUGGGCUUUCGUCUCCUUAUCUCCCCGGAUUUUCUGCUCGACUGAAUCUCCAAAUAGAAAAUAUGGGUUGAGUUUGUUAUUUAAGUGGCCUGCUUUGUUAGUUUUUCUUCGAAUUAAUAAUUUUCUUUUUUUCUUUUUUUUUUUUGGGGGGAAAAUAAAAAAAAAAUGAAGGGUUUUGGAUUGUUGUGUUUGGUGUUGUUGUUAACUGGGAUGGUUUCUUUUAUGUACCAUGGUUACUACUCCGCCGCCGGCAAAGGAAGCAUCACCUCAAAUUAUCCAGGGAUGGUUUCGAUGGAGAGCGGCUCUAUGGCGUUGAUGUGGAAAAGCAGAAAACUUACGAAUAACAACGAUCGAGACAAAGAAGGGCAUGUGGAAUUGGAAGAUUAUCGGCCGAUCGAUCCAGUUCCGAGCUCAAAGGCCUCCGUAAGACCGGGACCUAUUCAGCACGGUACUCCUCUAAUGCCGUAUAUUCCGAAACCUUCUCCUCCUCCCACUCAACCAAAGCACGGCGGUUAAUGUUUUUAGAUUCGAAAAAUGAUGUAAUAACUAUUUUAGUUUGAUCAAGAGGAUGUUAAUGUAGCUAUCUUGUCUAUUACUAUGUUUUGUACUGCUGAUGCAGUUUCACGCGAAUUCGUGUAACUUUGUACUUGUUGCCUAGUACAUAGUUUGCUAAUGUAAUAAUAGAAGUUUGUUCACACCGAUUAGUCCCCGGAUUUGAUAUUUUGUGUGUGCGCGCGCCCGCGCACGCAGUAUAACCAAAAUCAAGUGUCACAUUACUUUGAUUAUUAUUAUUUUUUUGUU